UUUUUGUAUAUUUUCUUCGUUUUGCAUAUCGCACUCGUUCUAUAUAUUCAUUCUUCGUCCUCUCCUUCCCGCUAAUAGUAAACUCAUCCGACUCUUCAACGCCACAACAGCUGCAUCCUCACUCACAUGUUUCUCUCUCCUUAUUUUUUCAAUUUAACGAACCUCAGUUUCUGGUAUUAGGGUUUGGGGGUUUCAUAAAGGAUAAAGAGAAUUUUGCAGCAAUGGCGACUACUAGAGUUCAGAGGAUUAUGACCCAGCCUAUCAACCUCAUUUUUCGGUUUCUCCAAAGUAAAGCAAGGAUUCAGAUUUGGCUUUUUGAGCAGAAAGACAGGAGGAUUGAAGGCAGAAUUAUUGGGUUUGAUGAGUACAUGAAUUUGGUUCUUGAUGAGGCCGAAGAAGUCAACAUCAAGAAAACUACCAGGAAGUCAUUGGGGAAGAUUCUUUUGAAAGGAGACAACAUAACAUUGAUGCAGAAUACGGGUAAAUGAUGAUUUUGGCCUAGCGAGGAUAUAGAACAUGAGUAUCAGAGUUGAAUCUUGCAUAUUAUACUGUCUGAAAAUGCAAGCGCAACAAUCGAAUUUUCUGCAAUUGGAUAAUUGUCAACUGUUUGUUCUAGAUAUCUCAUUUAACCUAAAACCUCAUACAAAUGAGUGUAGAAUAUGGUGCUGCCACCUGGUAGUGCAGUAAUUUGGUAACAUGUUUCUUUUAAUGCUUAAAAUUUGGUGCUAGCACAUGCUUGGCUUGCUUACGUAGUUAGAUAUUACUUGGAAUUAAUCGACAUGUUGUAAUGCCCUAAUACCCUUGCACACACAUUUGUCUUGGGCGAUUUACCACUGACGAUUCUUAUGUGGGAACACCUUUUUUACAUUUUAUUAUUAAACAAGGUGUGCUUACGAUGUAAAAGUAAGUUGAGACUUGAGAGCCA